AUGGCUUUCUUUCUUAAUAUUUCCUUCUUUCAUUUCUUCUUGCUUUCUACCUCUUUCUUUCCUUCUUGCUCGCUUGCUUACUUUCCCCUUCUCUCUUUCAUUUUCUUUCUUUCUUUUCUCUUUCUUUUUUAUUUCCUUCUUCCUUUCAUCCAUUUUUUUGCUUUCUUGCUUUUCAUUCUUACUUGCAUUAUGGAUUUCUAUUUUUCUGUCUUUCCCUCUUUUUCUUUCUUUUUCUUUAUUCAUUUCCUUCUAUAUUUCUUUAUUAAUCUACUUCGUUGUAUCACUGCUUUCUUUCAAUCUUUCUUUCUUUCUUUCUUUCUUUCUUUCUUUCUUUCUUUCUUUCUUUCUUUCUUUCUUUCUUUAAUAUCACAUAGAUAUUUCUUUACUAAUCUACUCCGCUAUAUUCCUUUAUUAAUCUACUCUUUUGUAUCCCUGCUUUCUUUCAAUCUUUCUUUCUUUCUUUCUUUCUUUCUUUCUUUCUUUCUUUCUUUCUUUCUUUCUUUAAUACCAUAUAGAUAUUUCUUUAUUAAUCUACUUUUUAAUAUUUCUUUAUUAAUCUACUCUGAUGCAUCAUUUCUUUCUUUCUUUCUUUCUUUCUUUCUUUCUUUCUUUCUUUCUUUAAUAUCCCUUAGAUAUUUCUUUAUUAAUCUACUCUUUUGUAUCCCAGCUUUCUUUCUUUCUUUCUUUCUUUCUUUCUUUCUUUCUUUCUUUCUUUCUUUCUUUCUUUCUUUCUUUCUUUCUUUAAUAUCACCUAGAUAUUUCUUUAUUAAUCUACUAACUUUCUUUCCUUUCUUUCUUUCUUUUUCUUUUUUUCUUUCUUUCUUUUUUUUUUUCUUUUUUCUUUCUUUUUUCACCUAG